GACCCUCUUCGAUCGACUGCAUAUCUCGAAUAAAUAAACACGAACCGAACAUGAUUCGAGUACGGCAAUUCAACAUCCUGAUUUAUGUUUGCAGCAGUGUAUGUUGUUAGAUUUAUCACCGACAGUCCAGGAACCUCGAGUAAGUUCGACUGGCCCGCUAAUCCUAAUCAAUUCGAUUUGGCCCCCAGUCAGAAAGGCAAAUAUGUUGCUGGCUCUAUGCCUGCCCACUGACUGUCCGAUGCAGUCGAUCGAGUCCCCGGUAUCGAUACGAGGGUUCUCAGAGACGGUGAAAAGAAGUCUUAUCUGUGCUGGACGAAGCGAGGGAGAAAAUGGGGAGGAUGCGGAGGAAUAUAAACGUCGGAUUAUGGAAUAUGGUAUAUGUUGAUCGAAAUAAAAAAAUUUGAAAAUAACUUCUUCACGAGAUCGAGGUGACGAAAGAAAACCUGGAAAGUCAUAGGAGGAAUCCAGCUGUAUGUGUACGAAAUGUGGAUGUCCA